CACAAGGCGGAAGCCAUGGCGGAGGCGGUGGCUGCGGCUGCGGCGGGCGGGACGGGCGCGGACGCGGGCUCCGGUUCUGCAGCGGACAGGGAGCGGGACCGCGCCGGGCGGAGGCUGCGGGUUCUUUCGGGCCAUCUGCUGGGCCGGCCCCAGGAGGCUUUGAGUACCAAUGAGUGCAAAGCGCGGAGAGCGGCGGCAGCGGCGGCCGCCACGGCGGCGCCCACUGCCACUCCCGCCGCGCAGGAGUCGGGCACCAUCCCCAAGAAGCGGCAAGAAGUUAUGAAAUGGAAUGGAUGGGGAUAUAAUGAUUCCAGGUUCUUCUUCAAUAAGAAAGGACAAGUUGAGUUGACUGGGAAAAGGUACCCUCUUAGUGGCAUGGUUUUGCCAACUUUUAAAGAGUGGAUCCAAAAUACCCUUGGAGUAAGUCUGGAGCAUAAAACUACCUCUAAAGCAUCCUUAAAUCCUAGUGAUACACCUCCUUCUAUUGUAAAUGAAGAUUUUCUUCAUGACCUUAAAGAAGUUAAUAUUUCAUAUUCACAAGAAGCAGAUGAUCGAGUAUUUAGAGCUCAUGGUCAUUGUCUUCAUGAGAUAUUUUUGCUCAGGGAAGGAAUGUUUCAGCGAAUUCCUGAUAUAGUUUUAUGGCCAACGUGUCAUGAUGAUGUAGUUAAGAUUGUGAAUCUAGCGUGCAAAUAUAACCUUUGUAUCAUACCAAUUGGUGGAGGAACAAGUGUUUCAUAUGGCCUCAUGUGUCCUGCAGAUGAGACAAGAACAAUAAUUUCUUUGGACACUUCACAAAUGAAUCGAAUCCUCUGGGUUGAUGAGAGCAAUCUGACAGCUCAUGUAGAGGCUGGCAUAACAGGACAAGAGUUGGAAAGACAGCUUAAAGAAAGUGGUUAUUGUACAGGUCAUGAACCAGAUUCCCUGGAAUUCAGCACUGUGGGAGGAUGGGUAUCUACUCGGGCAUCAGGCAUGAAGAAGAAUAUCUAUGGCAAUAUUGAGGACUUGGUGGUUCAUAUAAAAAUGGUAACACCUAGAGGUAUAAUAGAAAAAAGCUGUCAAGGACCUCGAAUGUCAACAGGCCCUGAUAUCCAUCACUUCAUCAUGGGAUCUGAAGGAACUCUUGGUGUGAUAACAGAAGCUACAAUAAAAAUCAGACCAAUCCCUGAAUACCAAAAGUAUGGCUCAGUAGCUUUCCCUAAUUUUGAACGAGGAGUAGCCUGUUUAAGAGAAAUUGCAAAACAGAGAUGUGCUCCUGCAUCUAUUCGCCUCAUGGACAACCAGCAAUUUCAGUUUGGUCAUGCUCUCAAACCUCAGGUUUCCUCUAUUUUUACAUCAUUUUUGGAUGGAUUAAAAAAGUUUUAUAUUACAAAGUUUAAAGGAUUUGAUCCAAAUCAGCUAAGUGUCGCUACAUUACUGUUUGAGGGGGACCGUGAGAAGGUUCUUCAACAUGAAAAACAAGUGUAUGACAUUGCUUCAAAAUUUGGUGGAUUAGCAGCUGGAGAAGAUAAUGGACAGAGAGGUUAUUUGCUGACCUAUGUCAUUGCAUACAUUCGAGAUUUGGGUUUGGAAUACUAUGUAUUAGGGGAAUCUUUUGAGACUUCUGCUCCUUGGGACAGGGUUGUAGAUCUCUGUAGAAAUGUAAAGGAAAGAAUAACAAGGGAAUGCAAAGAGAAAGGUGUUCAGUUUGCUCCUCUUGCUACAUGCAGGGUGACUCAGACUUAUGAUGCAGGUGCAUGUAUCUAUUUCUACUUUGCCUUUAACUACAGGGGAAUCAGUGACCCACUGACUGUGUUUGAACAAACUGAGGCAGCUGCUAGAGAAGAAAUCCUCGCUAAUGGAGGGAGCCUGUCGCAUCACCACGGAGUGGGCAAGUUACGGAAGCAGUGGCUAAAGGAAAGUAUCUCUGAUGUCGGCUUUGGGAUGCUGAAGUCUGUCAAGGAAUAUGUGGACCCCAAUAACAUCUUUGGAAACAGAAACCUUUUAUAAAUCCAUUACUAUUGUUAAGAAAAAUGUCACUUUUUUUUUAAGUCUUUUAACUAUGGUUAUACCAGUAAUCAGAUAUAUCAUGGACUUUAUUUCAGCUACCUUUGUUUGUUGGUUUAAAAUAAGUUUGUUUCAUUCUGUAGUUUGUUUUGUUUCUACAUCUAUGGAUUGACAGAUGGUAUUCCUAAAUCUCUCUCAUUGUAGGUGUAUCAGUUUACAGCCAACUGGUUGUCAUUUCAAAUUUCAGUCAGGCAGCACAAGGCUGCCAGUGGUUAAUUUCAGAAGAAGAUGCUGCCAGCUGUUUUGUAUUGAUGCUUCUUCUUAGGAACAAAGCCAGAUUUUGGUGUCAUCUAUUGUUUCUCUAGCCUCUUUUUUAAAAGAACGUUUCUGGGAAGCAGCUAUCUAGGGAAGGAUUCCACUGAGGAGUGAUAUACAUGUAUGUUUUUUUAAGAGUGCAUUCUAGUGUGAAUAGGUCAUUAAGGGAGAAUACCCAUGAAAGAAUAUAGGCAACCUCUUAUUUAGGAAGCCUUCAGUUCUGUAAGGUGCUUGGCCUACAUUUUUCUUUGAAAUUAGUAUACAGUUGUAAAACCUUAAAUCAUUAGUAUGCUUUAUUCUGUCAGGGGACAUGUUUUUGUUCUCCAUGUUUCUGUUUCUACUGAGGUAUGAGUUGUAUUUGUAUCACUGAGAUAACAUAUUGUUAUAUCCUAAUUCAUUCAUAAUAUGUUUUAUAAGAAAAGCUGACUUAUCACUCAUUGUAUGUGAAGAACAGGUUUACCAUGAAAGGAAUGUCUUUAUUCAACUUAGAGUUCUAAUGUUUCUCAUUUUACAUUCUUGUUGCUGAGAUGCAGAAGAAGCUACAACAGGAGCAGAAGAGGGAAGACUUCUUACACUGAAUGUCUCCAGUUCAAAGAACUGUUUUGGCUAAAGAAACACAGUCAUCAUUCAGCUACUGAAUUUGAAAACCUCAACAGUUUCAAUGACAAAAAACCUUCUUAAAAAAAAUUAACCCAAACAACAUGAUAAAUUUCCAUAUAAAAGUAAAGUUUCAAUUUAGUUUUUAAUAAUGGUUUAAUGCCUUUUUUGAAUUACUGGUUUAACCUAAAUUAAAAAAUAUAAUGUAUUACACAUACCAUAAUCAAAAGUUUGAAAUAUCAUAUUUCUUAAACAAUAGGGAGAACGUUAACCACAUUUAGUGAACAUUUUUACAUUCAAACCUGGAUAUUAAAAUAAAUGAAAUGAUUACUUUGAAUCACUGUCUGUCAAGGUUCAUGGUUCACAUUUUGAGACAGAUUCUUUUCUUAAUGUAGUACUUAACUUUUGAUAAUUUUUUUAGAAUUAAUAUUUGAUCAGCUAAUAUGAGUCAGAAUGCAGACUAUCCUUUAAAAGGACACACUGUCUGUCUAUGUAGCAACAGCUCCAAAGUAUUUUUGGGCAGUUUGAUACCUUUUAUAUCUGAAGUAGCCUUAACCAGAAAAUCUAAAAUUGAUUCACAAAAUGAUAUUUUUAAGACUUCAAAAUGAUAAUUUUUAACAAAUAAAAUUGGCCUCAAACUAAUAAAAUCUGUAAGCAAAUCAAAAUGAAAUAUUAGUUUAACAACAAAAACUAAAUAUUUAUUUAUUAGAUGCUGCCUCUCUUCAUUGGUGGUUUAUUUUUAAUUAUAAAAUUUCCAGCAGAUCUUUGCUUCAAGCCCUUGAUAUUUGAAAUAGUUAGAUACUUGAUGAGGAAAUUACACUUGCUUCUCAAAUUAUAAAAAUCUCAGCUUUAUGAAAUGCAUCUAUUCAUGAAAGUAAUUUCUCUAAUUGGUGAUCAAAAUGUAAAAUUUAUUACGAUACUAAUAUCUCACUGGAGUGUAUACAUGUUUCUGAGUAAUUUUUUAAAAAUAAAACUUACAGAUUCAUAAGCAGAUCCAUUCCUUUGCACGUGAUUGUUAUAACGUUCUUUCCUAGGGAGUUCAGAUUUCAAUAACCUCAGAAUUAGGAAAUGUAACACCUGAAAUUGUUCACUAUUCUACAUGAACCUUAUGGAAAUUAGUGAUUUAUGCGUUUGUUUUCUUCCAUGCAUGCAUGACUCUCCAACCUUGAUUUUGUAGUGAUGACUACAUUUUGUAGUUAGGAUCAUUUCUACAGGGAUCAUUUUGAAACACAUAAACACUCAUCAGUACUGUUUCACUCUGAUUUAGUAAAUCAGAAAGGCUUUCCCUGCUUCCACGCAUCCACCUCUGAGAGGUGCCUCAGCUGCAUAACUGCAUAACACCGAUUUGUCUUUCUUAAAUUAGUCAUAUUUCUAAUAUUUUAUUUGAUGAUGUCACAUUUGGGUUGACAUUUUAGUGGGAAUGGGAACUUGCUGCUAGUGAGAAAUGGCAUUGAAUACUAGAGUCAGUAUGAACAGGCUUUAUUGACCCCUAGAGAAACAGCUGCCUUAAUGUUUGGUGCACUUUACAGUGUAUAAGUGAGUUUAUUAGUGUUAUGCUAAGUAACGUGAGCUUUUUUAGUUUAGUAAGAAUUGCAGAAGCCACAUGUUUAUUGUGCCCAGCAUUUUACCACAAAGAAAGAGGAUUAAAUUCUUUCCUCUCUUGAGGAAUUGGGAGUUUUCUUCCUAAAUGCUUACAUACUAUAGUACUGUUACUUAAAAGCUGUUUAUGAAGCUGGAAGCAUUCUAGUAUACUGAGCUGUGUUGAUGUAUUUUGGAAAACAAAAACGCAGUGAAGGAUGAACUUCCAUCAGUGUGUGUAUUAAACCAGAUACAGAUGGUUGCAAGAAAACCUCUUUUUCAGAAUAUUCUCUUAGUAACAGCUGAGUCCUAGCUUGCAGUUUUGAAAAUGACUUUUGCAUGUUGGCUUCAGAGGUUUUCCAUUGUCAUAUUCUUUUAUAGCUGCAACUUCUUAACUAUAGCUGAUCAGACAAGCCCUGUGGUACCAAGCUGAAGUCUGUAACCUUGGCUGUUCAAAUGGGCUGAGUUUGGUCGAACAUCUAUUUUAUGUAAAUGUAGAACACAAACAUUUAUUAUGCAUUGAUGCACAAACUGCACAUGCUGGUGCUUGAAGCAGCCAAGGUGGAAUUCUGUGGAAAGCAUAUCUACAUUUUAAGAAGCACUGGGACAGCAGUUAAGGACAGCUUUAAUAGCUUUUUGCUACCACUUAAUCUUUGGCGAUUUCGAUUUUAAUUAGGGUUUAGCUCGUGGUGGGAGAAAAGCCGAAAAUAACAAGUGCCAGGAUAGGAUUGAAGAAUCCAGAAUCACCUUUGGCUUUAUGAAAGCUUGCCUUUGCUCAAGGCUUCACUUUCCCAAAUGAGCCACCUGUCAAUAUAUACAUUUAAUCCUCAUUAAUUUCAUAUAGUACAUUGAUGCGGAAAUCCAGAAGGUGUAAAAGAUUGUUUUAAACUAUUGAAAUACAAUGUGUAACAUGAAGGAUGUAAGUUACUCAGCUUUCUGCUCCCUAAAGCAAACAGUGUUUGUCUUUAGUGUGAAAUUUAACUGUAAAAACUACCUGUAAUGUCAACAGAUUAUAGAAACUUAUAUUAUGAAUAAAAUGGACCUGGGUUUAAGAGAUUUUUUUCUUCAGA